GACCCCUUGCUCUGUCCCCACAGGCGGGGGAGAAGCACUACCACCCGCUGUGCGCUCUCUGUGUCCGGUGUGGCCGGAUGUUCGCCGAGGGCGAGGAGAUGUACCUCCAAGGCUCCUCCAUCUGGCACCCGGCCUGUCGACAAGCAGCCAGGACUGAGGACAAGAGCAAGGAGACCAGGACGUCCUCCGAGAGCAUCAUCUCUGUGCCUGCGUCCACCACCUCGGGGUCCCCCAGCCGCGUCAUCUAUGCGAGGCUGGGCGACGAGAUCCUGGACUACAGAGACCUGGCCGCCCUCCCCAAGAGCAAGGCCAUCUACAACAUCGACCGCCCCGACAUGAUCUCCUACUCGCCCUACGUCAGCCACUCGGGGGACCGGCAGAGCUGCCUCGAGGGAGACCAGGACGACCGCUCCUCCAGGCAGUGCCGCACCUCCAGCCCCAGCUCCGCCGGGUCGGUCAGCCUUGGGCGCUACACCCCGACCUCACGGUCGCCCCAGCACUACAGCCGGCCAGCUGGUACUGUGAGUGUUGGUACCAGUAGCUGCCUGUCCCUGUCCCAACACCCAAGCCCUACGUCCGUGUUCAGGCACCAUUACAUCCCCUACUUCCGAGGCAGUGAAAGCGGCCGCAGCACCCCCAGCCUCUCGGUGCUGUCCGACAGCAGGCCGCCCGCCACCUACCAGCAGGCUCCGCGCCACUUCCACGUCCCAGACACUGGCGUCAAAGAUAACAUCUACAGGAAGCCCCCCAUCUACAAGCAGCACGCUUCGCGGCGCCUGGACGGGGAGGACGGGGGUUCCGACCAGGACGGCAGGAAGCAGAAGGGCAGCUGGCUGAUUCUCCAGGGGAACGCAGACACGAGGACCAACUCGCCCGACCGAGACAGCCAGUCUCUGUCCCUCAGCAGCGGGGUCGACAGAGACCCUCUCCAGACGGGCCCGGGAGACGGCUUUUACUCACGGUUCCCCUAUUCCAAAUCUGACCCUCUCCCAGGACACGGGAAGAAUGGCUUGGACCACCGGAACGCCAAUCUGGCGCCUUGUGGAGCAGACCCGGAUGCCAGCUGGGGCACGCGAGAAUACAAGGUCUACCCCUAUGACGCCCUCAUCGUCACAAACCGGAUCCGCGUGAAACUGCCCAAAGACGUGGACCGGACGAGACUGGAGAGACACCUGUCGCCCGCGGAGUUCCAGGAGGUGUUCGGGAUGAGCGUGGAGGAGUUCGACCGCCUGGCGCUCUGGAAGAGGAACGACCUCAAGAAGAAGGCCCUGCUGUUCUGAGGCCGCACCCACCCCGCGCCGAGGCCGAGCCCGCAGAGCCGGCGCCACGGCACCACGCACACCCUCCCGUCGCGCUGCCUCCGGCUCCUCUGUGCCCACAGGGCGGGCGGGCGCCUGGGCGGGCAGGGGGCCGAGGGUGGGGCGGGAGCAGGUCCCACAGCACCGCGUGCACCUGAGAUCCUGCCUGUAGUUUAGGGCCCUGGCGCCUGGCUUUGCACCGCCCCUUCCCCGCUGUGCUGGGCACCAGCGAGAUGCUGCAGAGUGGCUGUCCCCGGGGAGGGAGGGGCAUUUAGACAGCAGCCCGCCCUCCCCGCCCUGGGGGCACGGAGGGGACCAGGACCUGGGAUCUGAGGGGGCUUGUCAGGGACAGGCCCGGACACCAUCACAGGGCUCCAGUGUCCGCUGGCCCCAGAGGGCACUGGCUCGUGCCCACAGCCCGGGGGCCCAGGGCGGUGCCAAGUGUGGGGUGAUGCGUGUUGCCGCUGGUGGUGGCACAGGGCCCUCCUCCGGGCCCUCGCGCACGCGCGGUACUCCCACGUCACCCCCGAUGCCUAAAGGAUAUCUUUAAAGUAACACAAAGUUUUAUUUUACUAAGAAGCGUAGCCUGCGGGCCCUGAGGCGACAUAUAUGGAGAGUUUAGUUUGCAGCCCCCUGGGGGCUCCAGCCUCAGCCCCGCCCCUCCGCGCUGUGUGGUCUCCGUCCUCCGUGUCCCUAGUACAUGGACUCCUCGUCUGUUUUCUUUUUACUUCUCUUUCUUUCGUGCCUGUCACACGGGUCCCCCGAAAGGCAGAGCCCCCCCCCCCCCAGUGCUGUGUGUACGUGCGUGUGAAGUCUGCGUCCGGCGAUGUCCUCGCUGUUAUUCUCCACGUCUCGGGGCGGAUCCACCUCCCCGCCGGCCAGGGCCCCGGGAUAGGACUCCCGUGGACUCAGCCCGACGCCCCGUGUGGCUUUUUGGUGACGUGGCCAGCGGCACCCCACCUCCCCACAAUGGAACACGCACCUGUGGCCCGGAGCCAUGCCUCAUGGGUGGUCCUGAUGGGGACACCGGCCCUCGGCGCAGAGGCUGCGACACUGUCCGAUCGGCCGGUCGGCAGAGCCUGGGCAGAGGCCUGCGGUCGCGCUGAGAGGCGCGGGCUGUCACCAGGGGUGGGGUGGGUGCGGUCCCUGUCGCCGUGUUUGUGAAGUGCCUCGAGAGGCCUGUGGGAACCAGCAAGGCGUCGCCCGUGUCCGUUCCCGGCGUCCUGUGGAGCCGCAUCCCCGUGUGUCCUGGCCGUCCCGCCCGUGAGUCAGCCUCGCUCAGCUUCCUCCCAGCCCCGCACACGCCAGGCUGUGGCACCCGGCUCCGCGCCAGCCCGGCCCGGCCAGGGAAGGGAAAUUCUAGCACCUAACGCGCUUCCGUCCACUUAGCGAGCUGAGCCCGAGCGACUGGAAAUCCCCGUCUCAUUUGUGCGAUGUGGGGCCCGGGAACCUGGGAAAUAAAGGACGGUGUGUUCUAA